CAAAUGUGUGACUUAAAUAAAGUUUAGUGCUCAAAUCUCUCGCCCCAGUGUUGCAAAGCGCGCGCUAAAACAUGUGUUAACCAACUCUACGCAUAAGCAUUACGCCAAAAAUCAAAGUAGAAAGCCCCCAAUACGCCUCACGCCUCCAAACAGAGAGUUUGGAUCUCUGUAGAUUUUUGCGCGCCCACGUCUAAUUAAAAAAACAUUCAAAAUUAUACUCGAAAUGGAUAUGACCUCAACAGCGGAGGCUGCCGCUCGCAGCUGGUACGACAGUCCGCGCUUAGGCGGCGGCGGUGGCGGCGGCGGUUCACCACAAACAAAUGGCUUAGGCAGCGCCGGCAGUAGCCUGGCCCACAGUCAUCACAGCCUGUCCAGCGGCGCCUCGUCGGCGGGCAGCAGCGUGGGCGCUGCCCUGGGCGGCGGUGCAGGCGGCGCUGGCGCCGGCUUGGGACUGGAUACGAGCGACAUGAGCGCGUUCUAUGCGCUGGAAAGCAAUGGACACCACAGACGCUACUAUCCCAGUUAUCAUCAGCACACCUCCCGCAUGCCCUCCUCACAUGCCACGCCCCAAGUGUGCCGGCCGCACUUUCACACGCCGCUCAGUCCAUGGCUAACCAGCGAACACAAAUCGUUUGCACCCGCCAGCGCCUGGGGCAUGGGUCAAUUCGCGUGCCCCCAGGAGCCGCAAGUGGAGCACAAGCUGGGCCAGGUGGGCCAGAGUCAUCAGACAACAGCCGCCGGCCAGCAUUCGUUUCCAUUCCCACCCACACCGCCAAAGGACUCCACGCCCGACUCAGUACAAACCGGCCCAUCCGAGUAUCAGGCCGUGAUGAACGCGUUUAUGCAUCAGCAGGCCACGGGCUCUACCUCACUGACGGACGCCAGCUGUGCGCUGGACAUCAAGCCCUCCAUACAGAAUGGCGGCGCCUCUGCCGCGCAUCCACCCACGCAGUCCUCGGCGCCCAAGCAGCGCGAAGGUAGUAGCAACAAUACAAAUAGCUCAAAUAGCAGCAGCAGCAGCAGCGGUGGCGCUAGUCAAGCGACGCAGCAGCAGCAGCAGCAACAACAACAGCAGCAGCAGCAGCAGCAGCAGCAACAGCAGCAGCAGCAAGUGAACAACAGCAAUGCCUCCGCCUCCGCUACCGCCAGCGCGACAACAUCGAACGGUCUGUUCGAUGGCACCGCUCAGGCGCACUAUGCGGCCAACAAUGCCAACAGCUAUGCCGACGGCAGCUAUGCCAGCUACCAUCAUGCGGCAGCGCAGCAUCAAGCGGCUGUGGCAGCCGCCAACAUGUUCCAAAGUUCCUCCGUUGCGGCGGCUGCAGUGCGUCACAGCAUGGCGGCGGCGCAUCAUCAUCACAGUCACAGUCAUCAUCAUGCUGGCGCUGCUGGCUCCAGCGGCAGCGCGAGCAUGCAUCUUGGUGUUGGCGGCAGCGGCGGUGGCAUGGCUGGUGGCAUGGCGACCAGUGGCAUGCACAGCAGCAGCAGCGGUGCAAGCGGCGCUGGUGGCGACUCCAAGCCUGUGCGCACGAAGCCACGGACAAGUGCUGAGGGUCGCGAAUGUGUAAAUUGUGGAGCAACCUCAACGCCGCUGUGGCGACGCGAUGGCACUGGCCACUAUCUGUGCAAUGCCUGCGGUCUAUACUACAAAAUGAACGGACAGAAUCGGCCGCUGAUUAAGCCAAAGCGAAGACUGACGCUGCAAUCGCUGCAGAGCGCAGCCAAGCGAGCGGGCACAUCCUGCGCCAAUUGCAAAACCACAACCACAACCCUUUGGCGGCGCAACGCCAGCGGUGAGCCUGUGUGCAAUGCCUGCGGCUUAUACUACAAGCUGCAUAACGUCAAUCGUCCACUCACCAUGAAGAAGGAGGGCAUACAAACGCGUAACCGCAAGCUCAGCUCCAAGUCGAAGAAGAAAAAGGGCUUGGGCGGCGGCUGUCUGCCGAUGGGCGGCCAUUUGGGCAUGGGCGACUUCAAGCCGCUGGAUCCGUCCAAGGGCUUUGGCGGCGGCUUCUCCGCAUCUAUGGCACAACAUGGACACCUUUCCAGUGGACUGCAUCCGGCGCAUGCGCAUAUGCAUGGCAGCUGGUACGGCGGCAUGGGCAGCUUGGGCGCCUCGGGAGGACUGCAGGGCGGCUUCUCCACCGCCGGUUCGCUGGGCGGCGGCGUUGUGCCGCACUCCCAGCCCUACCACUUGGGACUCAGUUCGAUGGGCACUUGGCGUACUGACUACACGUGAUGGAGCGGGAACAAUUUGAACAACAACUUGUUCAGCUAGAGUCACGCCGAUUUCUAUACUAUAUGUCUGAAUUGAUUUACAAAACCCACAACAAUGCCAAACUGAGGACUCCCCGUUUCAGCCAAGCCCAAGCCAAAACGCAAUCCAAGCCACCAAAACUAGUAGCAAAGGCUUUUGAUUGCUUCCUGUGUCAUUCAGUCUCAUCAGCUGUUUGUGCUGCGGGUUGGUGGAGCUGGUCAACUGGCUGGCUGGCUGGCUGCCUGGCUAUUCCUAAUUGUAAACAUUGCGUGCAAUUUUUAAUUAUUUAAGUUUUCGUCGCCAGUCGUCGUCGGUCGCAGCGCUGCUAAAAACAAAAGCCCAUUAAAAUUAA